AGUACGCCCCCCCUGGCAAUAGCCCUGGCACAAUGGACAAUGGCAAAUGAAGGGCACUGGUGUUGAUGUAGUGAACAUGAAAAGUAGGAAAGACAAAAGGGAAAAUUUGUGAAGCAAGUUUUUUUUGGAAAUGUCAUUAUUGGGAUGUACUAUUCGUGGUAGUAACGUUGGAAAACUUUGAUCAAUAUAUCCGUAAUCCAAAUGACCUCGUCCAGUGCUAAAGAGAUGGUUCUAAAAUGCCAAUUUGAAGAUGGACAGAGAAAAAUUGUUAAAGGACUACAUCCAACAUCAUUAGUUAAAGAUUUGAAAGAUAAAAUAUUUAGUAUUACUGAUGUACCACAUUUUUCACAAAAAAUUUUAUGUGGAUUUCCACCGAAGGAGAUAAUAUUAACAAAUGAGAAUGCUUGUCUUUCAAGUAUUGGUAUCAAAACUGGUGACACAUUGAUAGUGGUUAAUGACUCACUUCUUUCAAAAUCAUAUUUAAGAACCGAAUCAGGUGCUUUCACUAAACUUACAAGAAGGGUUGUUCCAGCAGAUAACUCAUGUUUAUUUUCCAGUAUAAGUUACAUUAUUCAUGGCAAUACAUCACAUUCUGCUGAGCUUCGACAACUGGUUGUGAAGGAACUAUCAAAUGAUAUACUCACUUACAAUGAAGCUUUCUUAGGAGCAACUAAUAAAGCAUAUUGUGAAAUGAUAAGUGAUCCAGAUAAAUGGGGAGGUGGCAUUGAAAUUUCAAUUUUGAGUAAAGUCUAUCAAAUAGAAAUUGCUGUUGUCAACACUGAAAGUGCAAGAAUUGAUCGUUUUGGUGAGAAUGAAAACUAUACUCAACGGAUGUUUUUAAUCUACGAUGGUAUCCAUUAUGAUCCCUUAGAAUUUAUUACCGUUGAUUCUUCACCACGCACUUUGUUUGAUAUGAAAGAUAAUUGGAUAGCGGCUGCACUCCACGUGGGUGAAGAAGAACAUAAGAUGAAAAAGUUUACAAAUUUGAACAAAUUUCAGCUACGCUGUUUGGUAUGUCGUUUACUACUAAUUGGGCAAACCGCAGCCCGUCAACACGCCAAAGAAACUGGACACAACAAUUUUGGAGAAUGUUAAAGUUAACAUUACGUCGAUGUAAAACAUUGACUCAUUUGAAUGGCACAAGCUUUCUUAUGGACAACCAUAAAUUCUAGUUGUUUACAAAGCCCCGUAUUAAAAUAUGUUGUCCUGUAUUUUCAAUUUUGAAUUUUUUUUUAUUUAAAGAAUUAUGAUUUUCACACCAUUUUGAGGUAACUACCUUUCUUGGUUUCCACGAACAAAGUUGUCAAUCCUUGUUAAAUUGCGUUAAAUACAGCACACUCUUUGUUAUGUUAUGUAUUAAAGCAGAUGUAAUUGAUUGUAUAUAAUGUCUCGAGCAAGAAAUUUUCUAACAGCAAUGUAAGAAAUACAUUUCACAAUAAAAUGUGAUCGUUGGAUUAGAUACCAUUUAUUGCGUUGGUUUAUUUAUUAUGUACAUAGUCUUUUAUCUCAAGAAAUGUUGAAUUUACCUUGUUUAUGAUUUUGUGCAAUUAAACUCUUUUAAAGAAACUCGUAA